AUGAUUUAUUGUGGUGAUUUUCAGGGUAACUACAUUAAGACCUCUAAGUACAACAUCAUCACGUUCAUUCCCAAGAAUUUAUUCGAACAGUUUCAACGAAUUGCCAAUUUCUAUUUUUUAGUGUUGAUGAUUUUACAAUUUAUCCCACAAAUCUCCUCUAUAUCGUGGUUUUCGACAGCUAUUCCACUGGUAAUUGUGCUUUCAUUCAGCGCCAUCAAAGACGGAUAUGAUGAUAUGCAACGACACAUCUCCGACCGACAUGUGAAUUGUCGGAAGUCGUACGUCGUGCGUAACGGACAUCUGAACGAAGAAGAAUGGAGCCACGUGCGAGUCGGCGACGUGAUUCGCAUGAUGAGCAACCAGUUUGUCGCGGCAGACUUAAUAUUAUUGUCUACUUCUGAACCACACGGUAUCUGUUACAUCGAGACGAUGGAGUUGGACGGUGAAACAAAUUUGAAGACGAGGUCUGCAAUACCUGACACGGCCGAGAUGGGUGAUGAUUUGGAUGCCAUCAGUAGCUUCCACGGUGAGAUCGUAUGUGAGGCGCCGAACAAUAGGCUAGAGAAAUUCCAAGGGAAACUACUCUGGCAAGGAAGAGAGUUACCCAUCACCAACGAUAACAUCUUGCUGAGAGGAUGCAUACUGAAGAACACGAGAUGGUGUUAUGGUCUUGUGAUUUUUGCUGGAAAAGACACUAAACUAAUGAUGAAUUCCGGAAAGACGAAAUUCAAACGGACCAGUCUCGAUCGCUUUCUCAACAUCCUCAUCAUGGGAAUUGUUCUGUUCCUGAUCGCGAUGUGUCUGAUCUGUACGGUGCUGUGUGGAGUAUGGGAAUGGACGACUGGACGAUGGUUUACCAUUUACCUCCCAUGGGACGACAUUGUGCCAAAUCGGCACCAGCACGGUAUCUAUGUAGUUCAUUAUAAACUGAAAGAAGUAAAUAAUGAUGAAUGA